AUGACCACCUCUCUGGCCUUAUUACCUGCCCACCCGCAGCAGCCCUCGCCCGCCGUGCAGCCGCCCCAGCCCGCCCACGCUGCCCCGCGCCGACCCAAGCUCUCGCUCAACACCUCGACCGCCCAGGUCCGCACCUUUGGCAAGGGCUCCAGCCUGCGUCUCGAGACCCUCUCCGCCGUCUCGCCCACCGCCCGCAACACCUUCAGCAACGGCUACGAGCCGCAGACCCUCUCGGCCGAGUCCAAGGCCGACACCCCCAGCUCCGCCUCCACCUUCAGCUCGUCCACCUCGGCCUCGUCCUGCUCGUCUCUGGCCUCGUCGCUGGGCGGCGAGUCGGCCAAGAUCCCGUACAAGCUGCCGCACAACGUGCAGAGCAUCCUCGCCAACAGCCCGCUCCCGCCCGUCCACAGGCACCGCACCAUGGCCGCCCGCCGCAUGUUCCCCGCCACCAAGCGCGUGAGCUUCCGCGCCAACCUCACCGAGGACAUUGUCACCACCAAGUUCACCAUGGCUCACUCGGACAUUGAGUCGUCGUCGUCGACCAUUUCCUCGCUAGCCUCUGACUCGAACACGAGCGAGGCAGAUUCCGACGUCACCGGACCCGUGCCUGGCCCCACCGCCGCCGCUGCUGCUACCACCACCCUGCCUUCGCGCACUGCCGCCAAGCUGGACCUGCAGCUCGCAAAGCCUGCGCCCGCCCCCGCGCCCGCCCCCGUGCUCCUAGCCACUGCGCAGCACCACUCGACGGAGCGCCCGCGCUGCCAAAAACGAGAGUCGCCUUCCGACUCCGAGUCGGACAGCGACACGUGCCCGGCGACGCCCGUGGCCGGCCGUCGCAAGCGCAGGCGCGAGUGGAAGUGGACGCUCGGGCCGAUUGACGGCCAGCAGGUGGACGCCAAGCUCGUCCGCGAGGAAGACGAGAUGAUGGACGACAGCGAUCCCGACCAGGACCGGCUGACGUGCCAGCAACGCUUCGCGCAGUACGCAGGGAGGCGGCAGAGCGACGCCAGCGAGGAGGGCAGCGUGAGCAGCCCGACCAGCAGCGUCGAGGGCGAGCGCAGAUGA